GUUUGAAUUUUUGAAACCGUCAAACAGGAACUUGAUUGAAACUAAUUAUUUUGGCAAGAAACUUCACGGAAAACUGUUUCAAUUUGCUUGAGAAAUCAUGGAUUGUAGAACACAAGCGCUUGAAGUAAUCUAUUUGGUUUAAGUACCAAGAUUUAGGGCGAGAACAACCGUUUUUGUAGAGUUUUCACGGCGAAGAUCGAGUCGAAAAUAUGGUGAUUAUCAAAGGGGAAUGUGACAAGCCAGGGAUCUCAGCUGCCAAACAACUAGCUGAACACGAUGACAUGUGUAUCAACCUUACUGUAGACGUUUAUCUUGGCUUUGUAACACACAAAAUGAGCGGAAGAUUUCGCCCUAUCAAGGCAGAUCAUGGCGUGAUCACACAAGCUUUGACAGAUCUCGAAACAAACGGGGAUAUAGAAGCAGUAUAUAGACAGAUUAUCACAGAGACUGGACAAUGGAGUACUCAUUAUUUUUUAAACAAAUCUAGCGUACAGAGGGAUGCAUUCAAAGAUCAUGUGAGUUCUAUAGUUUUUGUAAAGUUUCAUAUGUUUAUAUAUAUAUAUAUAUUGUCCUUCUCGAAGAUUACAUAAUGUUUGAUAUUUCGAAAUAAUCAUGUGAUAUAUUUUUUUUUUUUUUAGAGUCAUGAACUUCUCCAGAUAGAAUGAAGUAGUGUAAAGCCUACGUUAGUUCUUUUUUCUAGGAUUUUUGAAUUCCCCACCCGCAUUGAAACAAAGAAAGCCACCCGGUUGCAGGGGCAUUAUUCACCAACCGUUACUACACACAAACAUCAAAAUUUCACAAAUGUUGAACUUUGUAUAGGCAUUCACAAACCGAUUGAACUUGUUCACAAACACUAUAGAAGGCCAUGUUAAAUGAGGCAUUCUUGCAAUCCAGUCUCAGAUCUACAGGCAUGUAGAAGCAUGUACUAGUGUGAAAUGUUCUGGAAAUAAUCAAGUAAAUUCACACUUGCACACUAAAUGUGUGCAGGGUUCGAAAUAGCUGCCGGCAAAAACCGGCAGUUUUAGGACCUUGCCGGCGAUUUUUAAUUUAAAAGCAUAUAGGGGAUUGGCGAAAAUAUUUAUUCACCGAUGACUCGCUUACGAUAAAACGGACAGAUACACAGAACUCCUACACCAAAUAUUAAUGAAAUGUAUUGCUGUGUUUUUACAAAUGUUGUGUUGGUUCACAUCACUAUUAUUUGGCCUAUAACUAAACUUCGCUUGGAAAAUAGCCGGCAAAAAUGUUCACCUACAAAAAACAGCCUACAAAAAACAGCCUACAAAAUUUGACAUAUUUUCAGAACGUUAUUUUGAACCCUGGUGUGGGUGGCACUAACAAGUUGUCAAAAUGGAUGUUAUGCUAUAUUUUAACCAUUUAAGUGCCAGCAUUCUCUAGGGGUGCACCGGAUUUCAAAUCCGGACGGAAUUCUGGCCGGAUUUAACGAAUUUUCCGGCAUCCAGCCAGAUUUGGAGAAAAUCCGGCCGGAUUUAAAUUUUUGUUUUCACCUUAAAAAAUUCACCAACAAUGGGAUAAACCAUCAAUUUGGCAGCUUUAAGGUUUACAAAACACUUAUGUUAUUAUAAAAUAUUAAGUUAUUAACAAAAAGAUAUUUAAAAAAGGUUUAAACAUGAUCAAAAAUCUAAACUGACACUAACUAAAAAUAGUAAAAAACAUAAACUGCCAUUUUGAAUACUGAUUUAUCCACAAUUGUCCCCAUUACCGCUUUGUUUCAAAUCCGGCCGGAAUUUUUGUCCAAAUCCGGUAAAUCUGGUUCCGGCCGGAUUUGAAAAUUCCAAAUCCGGUGCACCCCUAGCAUUCUCCCCUUGAGAAGUAAAGUUGUCUGGUGUUAGACAGAGUAAAAUAAUAAAGUAGGGCACAUCAGGGCAUAAUGCGGUUAACUAGACACAUUGGCAGAUAGGCCAGUUAACCCAUUAAGCGGUAGCGCUCUUCCCCUGACGAAUAAAAUUGUCUGGCAUUAGCCCAGGGCUUAAAGUAGAGAAAAAAAAUAUGGCCUGACAGUCUAAAUUUUUUUUGACAGGUGAAAUAAAUUUUAGCCUGUCAUUUUUAUUCAUUGGACUGCCAAAAUGGUGAUGUCUCAAAAGAGUCAUACUUCUUUUUUAUUAGGGGUGCACCGGAUUUCAAAUCCGGCCGGAAUUCCGGCCGGAUUUAAUGAAUUUUUCUGGCUUCCGGCCGGAUUUGGAGAAAAUCUGGCCAGAUUUAAAUAUUAUUUUGUUUUCAGCUUAAUUAAAAAAUUCACCAAGAAUGGGAUAAACCAUCAAUUUGGCAGCUUUAAAGUUCAAAAAAACCUUAUAUUAUUAUAAAAUAUUAAGUUAUUAACAAAAAUAUAUUUAAAAAAUGUUAAACACAAUCAAAAAUCUAAACUGACACUAACUAAAAAUAGUAAAAAACAUAAACCGCCAUUUUGAAUACUGAAUUAUCCCAAUUUAUCCCCAAUUGUCCCCGGUUUUAUCUCAAAUUCGGCCGGAAUUCCAGUCGGAAUUUUUGUCCAAAUCCGGUAAAUCCGGUUUCGGUCGGAUUGGAAAAUUCCAAAUCCGGUGCACCCCUAAUUUUUAUUAUUUUUAAACAGUUUGUCUAUUUUACUACAGUUAAUUAACUUGGAUUUUCAUUUCAAAUAUAAAUGUAUUUACUCAACUAAAUGAUCAAGUACAGUAUAUAUGAGUUGUGGUAAGCAAAUGUAAUUAAAUAUAUCUAUAGAAUUUCACCUGCCAUUUUUUUUUUUUGACUUGGCAUUGGGUCGUUCCAGAAAAGAUCCAUACUCCCCCUACGGAGGAAAUUUCUGCCGUCCGGAGGGGGAGGGGAGUAAAUAUUGUUUCUGAUAAUAGUAAAUGUAAUAGGACAUCCUAAGGGGGUAGGGGGGUUAACUUCCUAUUUCCUCCGUGGGGGUGGUGUGGAUGUUUUCUGGAGCCGCUAUUUGCAUUAGACAGAGUAAAAUAAUAGAGUAGGGUGCAUUAGGUAAAUGCCAUGCCAAAAGAAUGAAGGCACUACUUCUAGAAGGUAUUAUAUAAUACCUUAUUAAAUUCUAAUCGUUUAAUUGGCUGUUUAUGGUCACGUGAUAUUGAAUAGAAAAUUCCAUUUCCCAAGAGUGCAAUGGAACACGUUCCAUUGCACUCUCCGCGAGAAUAAAACGUAUAGUACAAUUGCACUCUUCGUGUUUUCGAUAAAUUGCAUCCCUCAAAAUGCUUCUCAUACGAAUCUAUUAGUCUGUUCUGGACUUUUGGUAUUAUAUAAAACAAAUAAUGAAUGUUUCUUCGUGCAAUGGUAAGAAUAUUUUCACUCAAUGAAAGAUGGAAUGUUCCAUUCAACUCGGCUGUUGCCUCGUUGAAUGGAACAUUCCAUCUUUCACCUCAUGAAAAUAUUCUUACCAUUGCACUCAUAAACAUUCAUUAUUUGUAUAUUAUAUCAGGGGGAUUCAUGCUCACCCAGAAAAUUUUGAAAAUCAAGUGUCUCAGAUCCGCUAAAAAUUCACACGGUAUACACCCCAAAAUUGCCAAUGUACAACAUUUGUUCCAUCAUUCUAUUGUCUAUACAUAUAUAAACUCUCACAUGCACUGGAUGUAUGCACUUAUAACUGCAUUUCUGAGGUCAUGUCUACAGUAUAGAUUACAUUUCUUUCUAUUGCUUAGCAUUUCCUCUCAAUUUCUCCUUUUAUCUUAAUUAUAUUUCUUUCUUGGCAAAAUAUUUUAUGUUCUUGGAGCAAUGAUCUCGGAUACUUUUCCACCCAUGAGCAUUACUUAACUUGCUAUCCAAACUGAAAAUCUGUUAUCCAAAUUCUCAAAAUUAAACAUGCUUUGAGUCUGUAUAUUAUUGAGUUGUCAUGAUCUCAAAACUAAAUGUGAGAUGUUAAUCCAAUUAUCUGAUCACACAAUUCAAUGUUUAGCCACAGCAUUAACAACAAUGUGACUGUCUUCGUUAAAUUUUGGCCACUCCCCUGGCCAAAGGUCGUUCAGGGGAUGGGCUAUUUUUUAUGAUAAAGCAAAAAAUACUAAGAGACAAAAUCACAUACAGUAAUUUGAGCAAUAAGAUCAUGUUAAUAAGCCAACUGCGAACAAUGAUUAUAAUUAAAAUACAAUAUGUUGAUGGGUAGGUGGCACACAUGACCUUUGCACCAGAGCUGGCAGAGCACCCCCCUCCCCCAGAUCAUGCUGGAUCCAUCCCUGUAUAUGGAAAUGAAAAUGACUUAGGUAAGAACUUAAAUCCAAAUGGGACACCGAUGUUUCAAUAUGACAUCCAAAAUUUGAGACUGGUAUUGUCAAGAAACUGGGAUACUGAAAAUCUCUGGCCCUGUUGGCUCUCUGGCUCAUUCCAGAAAACAAUGACACCUUCCUCAUAGACAGAGUUAUUCCCUCAUCCCUUUUUGCAAUAUUUACUGACCAUGUUUAAUAGGUGCUUCUGUAACAUUUUAUUUUCAAAUUUUGAUCGGUUUGACUAUUUUCCUGUUCUGUGGCCAAAUUCCAUUUAUCAAAACACCAACUGUCAAGCCCUGAGUUCUGUUUCCUAUUGCCAAUAUGGACUAUCUCAGGCCCAGUUGCUCAAAAGGUUGGCCUGGUCCCGCUCCAACCUGGUUUGGCUGCUUGCUUCGCAUUAUUUUUGGUUACCUCCAAAAAAACAAAUAUACUGUCAAGCAUGCUCUUACUGUAUGUUGCUAGUCGAUUGUAUGUUAGUUUAAAUUGGUUUCUUUCCAUUUUCCUCAAAUAACCGAAAAGAAGUGUAUCGAAUCAUUGAGAAUAAAUUGCAACUGGUAACCAUGCACUGAAAGGGAAAACGAAAACCUAUAACACUCGUGUUCAAAUUUUUCAGUGCCAUGUUGAUAAUCAUCUCAACUUUCAAAAUGGGCUUGAAAUAAGGUUCUCCAAGUUCGUGAUCAUGGUGAUCAGCAGUCAUUACUUUCCCUGCUAUUUCUCAUUGAAAACUUUGCUUUUCCGCAGAUCAUGAACGAUUGCUGAUCAUUUGCUGAUAAUACGAACAGUAAACUUUAUUUAAAGAAGGCACAAUACUCGAUAGAUAUAUACCAGUGCCAGUGGUAAAGCUUUUUGUCUCAUUGUUUGUUUAGUUCGCAGUAUCCAAAGCUUACUAGUCUAAUAACUCGUUUUAUCACUGACGGGUUUAUAAACAUAUCACAGACGUAUCUGGGUACCAAAUUGUUGAAAGAUUUACAUUUAUUUACCACUGCAUGUUGCCGUUCUUAGCAUGAUUAUUUGCUGUAUCCAGCAGUUAUAAAUAGUGGUCCAGAAGAUGUUAGUUUCCGGAGAUCAUUGGCCGGUGAUCGCUAUACUACUGUAUAUCUAGGAUGUUAUAAAGAUAACAUCAGAAUUAUAAAUUUCAUGUAAGAAUUAUAAAUUUAAAGUCGGAAUGUGAAACUUGCUACGGAUUUCGUCGAACUGAGACUACAGUAGAUCCGUUGGAACAAUUGUAACGUUUUCGUCACUUUAAACACGACGUAUCAACUACUUAACUAAUUAUUUUAAUUAUUAUUUUACUUUGUGUAACGCCCGGCGAUUUUACUCAUCAAGAGCGGGGGGGGGGGCGCUGGCGCUUGAUGAUGUGGUUAUGGUUUUUAGUACUUUGGUAAAGUUUGCUGGUCGUGCAAGCAAAAUGUGAGUACGGAGACAGUGAGUGUACAAUAAAGCACCAGACUCUAAUAUUUGCGUCUUUUGGAACGUAUGUGCAAAUUAUCGCAUCUUGCAAGGGGCUACUUUCGAAAAGAAUAAUAGAGAACUUUAGAGAUUUUACUAGCGACUACGAGAUUUCUUUUUGCACAUGUUCCGUACGCCAUUACGGAUUUCUAAGUCAUCAGUACUUGAUUGCGUAACAAGAUGGUAAACCAUUACAGUAACUACAGCAAGGGUGUUUACCAACUAAACACUGAACUUCGUUAUGCCAUUAUAAUACGAUAGUGAAGUGGAAUUUUGUAUUUUCUAGAUAAUGAAAUAUCUUGGUUUGUUCAUGCCUGACUCUGGAGUUCAAGUAGUCUCGUGUAGUCGUUAUUCUACUGAGAAGAAAGGUGCCAAGGUCAUAUCAAGACAAUCAUGGUAAGAUAUCGUGAAAUGGUUCAAUGUUUGUGAAACUCGUGCCAAUAUAAAGCAACCUUACUUACCAGGUUGCGAUAAUUCAAAAUUUUUAGUCGUACCUGACUGGUACUCCAAUGACUAUUGCCGCGUACUUGAGCUGGUACACACUUAAAGCUCAAGGUGUACUUAGUAUUUAAGACGACUUACAUAAUGUACUGGGGCCGGUUGUAUAAAAACGUAGUUAGCGCUAACUGCAGUUAAAAAGUAGUUAAAAAGUGGUUAACUUUAAUCACGUAGUUAAGACGGUUGUAUAAAAGUAUAGUUAGCCUUAACUGCAGUUAAAAAGUAGUUAAAGUUAACUAUGCUUUAGGGUAUAGUUAACUGUCCAAAACGUAGUUAAAAAUGGCGUUUGUAUAGGAGUGAACAACAUUUUUCAGUAAAACAAGAAUGAAAAGCAACGCUUACCUGGGAUUUUCAAUCGCUAUCUUCCCUGUGAAUGUUUCCUGACAAUAUAAACUCUUCAAAUGCUAUCGCUUUGGUGUUUUUACGAAAACAGAACAUAUUUUUGCACAGGAGGAUUUCUCGAAGAAGAAGUAUGGCAGUGUAGAUUAUAACGGUCGGCAGUCGGCUAUUUGCCAAACAAAAACACCGAAUGGCCGAUCAAUUUCAUUCUGCACGGACAUUUUGACCGAUCAAAUAAAAUAGACAAUGUUCAUUUAAAUUGAAGGUAGCUUAUAUAAAAAGUACUGUUUGAAAAGCAUACUAUACCUAUUGUACCAUGCAAUCAAUAAAUAUUUGGAUGAAAAUUGAAAAAAGCAUUCAGAGGAAACAUUGUCAUUGAGCUUCUCUUUUAGCAAAUACUCUCUCAAGUGACCGAAUCUCGAUAGUAAGUCUAUAGCGUUUCCAAUACUUACUACUUACAAAAAGAGGUUUUAUUUUUUCGUAAAAAUGGUUGAAAUAGUUGGCCGACCAUUCUUUGCCAAUGUCCGAGCAACAGUCUUGUUGAUCGGACAUUUGUCAGACCUAAGCAAAAACGUUAUAAUCCACACUGAAGUAUGGUCCAUUACACCAAGAAACACUGAUAUAUAAUUGCCAAACAGCUAUGCCUUGGUUUAACGUAGACAUCUCAAGGAAAAACUGCAUUCUUUUAUGAUUUUUGUGGCGGUUUUUCUUUAUUUUUGUUUAUUUUUCACUGUUUUCUAGUGUUUUGAAUAAAAUUCCCGCCUAUUUGCAAAAUACGAGUCCACAAUCGUGUUGAAAAUGUGUGUCAGCGGUCGUUACUCGCUGCUUACUUUAUGUAAUUUUCUGUUUAAACACCCCACGCACAGUUAACUACGUGAUUAGUUAACUAUCCGACUAACUACGUUUUGUGCAACGCAGUUAAGUCAUGUAGUUAACUAAUUACAGUUAAGGAUUUAACUACAGUAAUUAACGCUAACUACAGUUAGCGCUAAUUACGUUUUUAUACAACCGGCCCCAGGUUUUCCGAAAGGUAUUCAUUCAGUAACCUGAAACUAGUAGUUCACAAACACUACGAUCCACUCUAACAUUCCUUAGUCUCAUCAUAUCAGUCCAAUCAUGUUUAAUGCAAAGUCAUGCUAGACUUGCACAUAUGCCGACUAAAUUAUGGUUUUCAAUAACUUGGGCUUGGACAGAUCAAAUGGUAUAGCAAAAAGUUAAGUACGCAGAUGAGAUUAAGUGUUCGCGUACCUACGUGGUACGUACCUGACAAAACAGAAGUACCAGACCGUAAUAUUGGCGUACAGUGCCUCCGGUAAGUAUGGAAAUUAUCGCACCCUGGUUUAUUUAUCUCGUGCAAACGUAUCUUUCGGCAAGUCUUUGUGAGUUACAGUAACUUGAAAGAGAAAAUCAUCCCUGUUGCAGAGAUCUUGCUUGUAACAGAAUCCAGGCAAACCUAGUUGCCCAUAUUUGAAACACGAAAUAAUUUGAUGUUUGUGAUGCUACUCUAUGAGUGUAUACCCAGUACCCACACCGGGCAAGCUUGAAAAAUAUGCCUGGCCACGGUGGGAAUCGAACCUACGACCUUUGGAAUACUAGCCCAAAUGCUCUGCCAACUGAGCUACGCGGUCAGGUCGGUUCAAGUAUGUGAUGAUUGCAAUCUAGUAAUCAUUGAUUUUUUUAUGUGUUGGUGUUAUGUACUCACGUGAAUAUGAUGUUUGUGAUGUUAUCCUGAGUGUAUAUCCACACCGGGCAAGCUUGAAAAAUAUCCGUGGCCAGGCAUAUUUUUCAAGCUUGCCCGGUGUGGAUAUACACUCAGACAAACAAACAUCAUAUUCACGUGAGUACAUAACACCAUGGAUUGUAAAAUAACUGGAUAGGAAACUUCCUGACGUCACAGUCUAAACCUAGUUGCAAUCUGUGACGUCAUGUGUAUUGCGAAAAUGUUCAGCAUUUUUGUUGUUUCGCUAUAUUUUCCGCUUCAAAAGAGUAAUAUUGAAGCAUAAACUGGUCUAAUUCUUUUAAAAACAUGCCUAAGCCACGACAAAGUAUUCAAGGUAAGUGUUUUUCGUCUUUGUUUUGUAUUUUUUAACAUUUGUAGCUACGAAAUUGGCGUCGCCAAUUUUUACGAAAUUUGCGAUGCAUUUUUCAGUGUUUAGUGCUUGAAAUAUUUGCUAAAAUUGACCGGGAAUACUUAGAGAUUUCAUCGUAGAAUGGCUUAGUCAUGUUUAUUUGCUCUUUGACUAAAAUGUUUAGCUGUAUUAUCGCUAAACAUGCCGUUUUUGAGAAUUUUGGUUUGCAACUAGGUUGCAACGCCAUCAUCCCAUUGAAAACAUUAGGUCACGUCAGCUAGUUUCCUAAUAUCCAUGUAUUUUAUUGUCCAUGAUAACACCAACACAUAGAAAAAAAUCACGAAAUAAUUUUUACAUUAAAAAUAAGCUGUAUCAAGUAUCCCCGUUCAAGUCUUCUAAGGCCAAAAAAAAUAUGUGGGUUUCCGGUUUCCCGACCCUACCUAUAGCUUUUGGACGUCGAAAUCCCGACCCUAAACUUUUUUAUUGGAUCAUGCUUGUAAGUGUUUCCACUUAGAGGAAAAAGUUUGUGGAAAAUUGAAAUUUGAGGCAAUAUUAGGUAAAUUUAUCUUUGGAUGUGGAAGCACUGACUUAACAAAAUGGCGUCCGCUUGUUCGAAAAUUGAAAUUUGAGGCAAUAUUAGGUAAAUUUAUCUUUGGAUGUGGAAGCACUGACUUAACAAAAUGGCGUCCGCUUGUUCGAAAAAUUAAAAAAAAAGUUAAAAAAAAGUUAAAAAAAAGUUAAAACCGACCUACCCUACCUAAGUAAAGUUAAAACCGACCUACCCUACCUAAGUUUUUAUAAGAAGAAACCGGAAACCCACAUUUUUUUUUUUGCCUAACCGACUUUCUAGUUUCUAUUGACUCUAGUGUUUUUUAAAUGUUGUUGUCGUUGUCAGCGUCGUCCUAUUUUUCGUUACGUUGGUUGUUUUCUUUGCAACCCAAUGUUAUGCCAAAGUGACGUAGAUAUCACAGUUAUUGUGGAGCAUCAUUUAUCUGAGAUGCAUGGCUGAAAAAUGUCUGACAGAACCACUUGAAAUUUUAUUUUCAUCUUAGACUACGUUAUACAGUAGAGCAAACGUUUUCGUUACGAAUCUGGAGUAUUUUUAUAUCGCAUUCGUCUUGCCGUUUUCACUGAUGAGCAUGAAUCCUGAUGAAGAUUGUCAUAGUGAUAUAAAAGUCUAUAUCCCGAAAUUUCGAAUCCGGAAAAGUCUGUGGGAACUCUGUAUCCGGAAAAAUAUGAAUCCAGAAAAAAUUCUCGUGUAAACGCUUUCCAUAAAGAAUCCGAAUCAACUUGCUUCCGUGCAUGUUUUUCAAAUUGAAGCUAUUAAAGUCAAGCGCUAAGUAUAGGUAAUGGUGUGGAUAUACACUCACAAGCAUCAUAUUGAGUAACAUCACAAGCAUCAUAUUCACCUGAGUACAUUACACCAACACAGAAAAAAUCAUGAUUACAAGAUUACAUUGAUAUCGAAGGAACUAGAUUCUGUUCCGAAAUAUCACAUAUACGAUACUCGAACCGACCUGACCGCGUACUGUAGCUCAGUUGGCAGAGUAAUGGGCUAGUAUUCCAAAUGUGCGUAGGUUCGAUUCCCACCGUGGCCAGGCAUAAGUUUCAAGCUUGCCCGGUGUGGAUAUACACUCAGAGUAACAUCACAAGCAUCAUAUUCACCUGAGUACAUUACACCAUGGAUAAUAAAAUAUAUGGAUAGGAAACUAGCUGACUAGACCUAAUUAUUAUUAUUAUUAUUAGUCUUUAAUGAAACAGAAGAUAAAAAUACAUAUCUUAAGUUACAAUUCAUAUUACAGUAUAUGCAUUAUUUACACUUUGCUAAAAAGAAACUUACAAUGUUUAAUCAUAUUGUAGUUCAUACUAUAUACAUUACUCAUUCGUUCAUACUGUAUGUCUUGCUAUAGAGAUAACUUGCAAUGUUUAAUCAAUAACUAAGUCAUAAUUGUAUACCAAACGGUUUACAAACACGUUUUUAAAACGUUCCGUUCUAACUUUCGGCCUAUGACUUCUUCUUUUUCUUAAGUUGUAGCCUGUUUCUUUAGCGUGUGGCAUUAGUGACAAUAAUGGAUGCUGCCAGAGUUUAGAUACUCUAUUAAAUAUGGUUCGAUCUUGUUUUUCUAAAAGCUUAUACACACUAACUGGCUUUGACGUAUAUUUCCUUUUAUAGCAACGUUUAAGAAAGACUUCAAUAGGAGUUAAAUCGGAUUUGGAAGCGGCAUAAACAGAUAAUGCGUAUGUUAUGUUUGGUAAUACCAGAGUAUCAAACAAUAGAUCUAUCUCUUGUUGUGAAUAACCUUCCUUUCGCAAUGAUCGUAAGAUAUAAAGACACUUAUUUGCCUUGAUUAAUUUGUUUUUAACAUGUUCGCCAAAUUUGCCAUCACACUGGAAUGUAACUCCCAUCACUUUCACUGCUUUACACAUUGGAAUCAUUGCUAUUGGUGAGAAAUGUUUUCAAUGGGCUGAUGGCGUGGUUGGAUGUUGAAACCUAGUUGCAAAUCAAAUUCUCAAAAACGGCAUGUUUAGCAAUAAUACAACUAAACAUCUUAGUCAAAGAGCAAAUGAAUAUAACUACGCCAUUCUACGAUAAAAUCUCUAAGUAUUCCAGGUCAAUUUUAGCAAAUAUUUCAAGCACUAAACAGUGAAAAUGCAUCCCAAAUUUCGUUAAAAUUGGGGACGCCAAUUUUGUAGCUACAAAUGUAAAAAAAAAAUACAAAACAAAGACGAAACAUUUACCUUGAAUACUUUGUCGUGGCUUAGGCAUGUUUUUAAAACAACUAUACCAGUAUAUGCUUCAAUAUUACUCUUUUAAAGCGGAAAGUAUAGCAGAACAACAAAAAUGCAGAGAACUUUGCAAUACGUGUGACGUCACAGAUUGCAACUACGUUGUUUUUACUUACGUCAGCUAGAGUCCUAUCCAUUUAUUUUAUUAUCCAUGAUUACACCAACACAGAAAAAAAUAUAUUGAGUUUCUGUCAGCAGUUUGAUGCAUUUGAUAGCUAUAACGGUAGUUCAAAGAGGUCUUAAAUUUUGUUGCCUUUACUUGUAUUUAAAUUCUCGCGGUAUUAGACUGGGUGCAGAAAUUAGGUGCGUUAACCGAAGGGAUAUAAUGUAGGAAGCGGCAUCACUACUAAAUACCUGCUUGCUUUGGCUGUGGUCGUAACGGUUGUAGAGAUAUAGUCGCGAUCUUUCUCCACGGCCACAUUAUAAUAGUUUAUACCCAUAAACCAAUGAAUCAUACUGUAAGUAUUUUCUAGUUAUAGUCACUCUGCCUAUUUUGAGUUCUAAAAUGUUGUAUUUCGGCUGUUGAGAAAGAUUGCGACUCUUCUUUACGACCCUUACGACCGUAUGGAAGCCUCGAGUCCUGCUUCUUAUAAAGAUCAGUAAGGAGUUUUAGCAGCGAGUACGAGAUUUGUCGAGCGAAACGCAUGCUGUAUGCUUACGCCAUCCCGUACCAUCCCAAAAGUCGUAGCCGUCGCCCAUCUGAGUAGAGAAUUGUGGAGAAAUCUCGUAGUCCUCACUACGACUUUUCAAAAAGAACAAAACAAAGAAAGCUGGCUUUUUUGUUUUUCAAAAAUAAUUUGUUGCGUUUAUCCGGCGGAAAUAAUCUAUUAGUAUUAAAUAUCUGGCUUGUUUUUAAUGUUAUGACUUAUUUGCGGAUUUUGUAGGGGAUUUUGGCCUGCAGGAGAUUUUGUUUAUAUGAACUUUUUCUUUCGUUGUUUGUCUACUUCUGUAAAAGCAACAUUUGAACGGAAACGAGAACGACUACCGGUGAUUUCCUCGCACGCGAGCAAAUCUCGUACUCGUAGUCGCUGCUAAAGCUCCCUACUGUUUGUUUCCAUCGCUACCUAGCACCUACGGUUCAUAAUUAUAUAUUAGUUUGUUUGAUAUUAUGCAGGUGUAAAGGUGAGAAUAUUCCCUACCUGUGUGGUUGUAUCGCUGAGAUGACUAGUGAUGAAGAAGCAAAGUUAUUACGUCCUGGUGAAAAUGAUUUCAGUAUCAUGUUUUCAACAAGAAAGAAUUGUUCACAGCUGUGGCUUGGACCAGCAGCAUAUAUCAAUCAUGGUAUGUUUCUUUACCUUGGCCUCAGGGAGUGUAUUGGGAUGUUUAGGACUUAAAACAUUUGUUGACAUUACCUACUGUUUAUUAAAUAGUAAAAAAAUGAUGAUUUAUAUAUAUAUAUAUAUAUAUAUAUAUAUAUAUAUAUAUAUAUAUAUAUAUAUAUAUAUAUAUAUAUAUAUAUAUAUAUAUAUAUAUAUAGAGCCAGGUGCGCACUGGUUAGGGCAGAACUCGAUAUAAUUUAAGUCAAGGCGUAACAAAAAUACCUGUGGUUCCGGUUUCAUAUCGUGAAAAAAUUAGGGUCGGUGGGUCGGAAAUAAAUAUUUUUUUUUGAAUAUUUUUUUCAUGGUUUUGGCGGUUUUUGGCUGAGUGAUUUGCAGUAGAGUCCCGACAUCAAUAUUAACUAGAGAUGCGUAUUUCCUAUGGACGGAUUUAGGCAAUUUGGUUCAAUAAUUAGUGUGACAACAGACGCCAUUUUGGUACGCUGCAUGAGCAGCCCGCAACCACCUGGAGAAAAUAGGGUCGGUAGGUCAAUCGCGUUGAAAAAAUAAUAGAGUCGGCAGAAAAAAAUAGGGUCGGCCGGGAACUGGAACCACAUGUAGCUAUUUUUUACGCCCAAACCAUGGAUAGUUGGGAACAGCUGGCGUCAGCAGCCGUGACUUAUUUGAAAUACGUGCGAAUACAAACAAGUUGGAAUUUUGUCUGAGCAGGCGCUUAAAUUUGCGCGGUUAACAGGAAAGAGAGACUUGGGGGCGACUAAAUAUAGCAAUUUCAUUUUUGUGCGUUUUAUUGGCAUUUUGGGUUUUUAAUCUAUUGCAUUGUUAGGAAGGCCAGAAAGGUAUGAGAACGUUCGGAAACUAAAUAAAUGUAUAAAAAUACAACUUUUGCGUAAUUUUACAAAUCGGAACUGAAAUAAACUUUUAAAAUUUAUAAUUCCUGAGUAGAAAAAUGCGUGAAAGAAAUUUUAAACCCACCGCGAGGUUAGUUUUUACAAUCUCAUCUGUCCGGGGAGCAAACCAACUUGCAUUAGGCCGUCGUCUAGUGCCCCAAAAUGUUUAGUUUCGUUGCACACCUCUUUAAACUAAAAGAAAAUUACAUAUUCUUAUAGAUUAAGUGACACUGAAUCCAAAUCUAAAAAGUUCUUGCGGGUUCACCCUGCAGUUUUUUUGUAAAUUGCGAUCAAAAUCUUGAAAUUUACGAGUUUCGCAAUAGCAUUUUUACUAUAUGCCAUACGUCAAAAUGCGUACUCUCGGAACCAGUCACUCGCGCGCCAUAGUGAAAAUUAUACAGGAUAGGUCACUUCCGCCUCCUCUUGAGAUAUGUGAAAUCAGAUUUGAGGUAAACAAUGAGCAACACGAUUUUCGAGUUUCAUAUAUUAUUGCGACAAAGCGUAUUUUCUGGCUUUGUACGAAGAUAUUUAGCACCACAAGGCAUUCUUUCAUGAUUAUGAACUUAUGUGCACACUAUAUCAUCUUUAUGGCGUGUAAUAAAGGACGAAACAAACUUCAAUUAUACAUUUUGAAGACAGAGUAAUGGACAUAAAUUUGUAGUAAUUGAUAUAUUUGUAUGGUAAGCCAAAAACUAUCAAAUACUUAAUAGUAAAUAUAUAAAAUACAUAUUUAAACAAUACUAUUAUUAUUAAUUAAUACCAAUAUAGUAAUUAAUAGCACAUUAGGUUUCAUCAUCAUCACAAUCCACUGCCUUCAUCUAUAAAGUUAUUGUCAAUUAGAUCUAUCUCACUGUUCUCACAAUUACUUGUGUGGAUUUUUGUGGUUAGCCCGUUCGCGGGCUAACCAUUAUGUACACGCUAAAAAAAGUUGUGAAGGUUGUGAAGUUGUGACGGAGCGUGUUCGGCUUUACUUCGGAAACUGUCGUUAAUGCCAUGAUGCGAUAAUAAAUAUUGAUACAGUACACAGAUAUUCUGAUAUAGUGAUACAGUAUUAAAUGUACAGUCAACAGAUCUGCGAAUGAAACAUCAAUAUUUCAUCACAAAUACAGGUAAGCCAAUUAUUUUCCAUCUCUAGUCAUUUAUAAUGCUAAAAACAUCACAAAUUUUGGUCUGCUCUGGUCAAAAAUAUUUGGUCAGGCUCCAUAUUUUUGCACACAUUCAAAUAGUUGAACGAAGCCAUUUUAUCUUAGAUCGGGCCAUUGCAUUUUUAAACCAAACCCCCCCUAUUGAGGACAUCCAUUUUUUGGUCCCCCCUCCCCUGGAAUUUCCACAUUUUUUAAGCGAAUUUUUUGCCUCCCCCGUGGAAUUUCCGCAGAUUUUUAUUGAAUUUUAGCCAUCCCCAUGGAAUUUCCGCAAAUUUUUUAUGAACUUUUAACCCAUCCCAUGGAAAUUCCUUGACAGUUUUUGAUCUACCCAGUGGAAAUUCCAUAUUGAUUCUUUGAGUAGUAGCUAUCCCUUGGAAAAUUCCUUGCUGAUUUUGAUCCUAUCCUUUGGAAUUUCUUUUCCAUUGUUGACCCUCCCAUGGAAAUUCCAUACGUUUUACUAAUUUUUCUUACCUACCCUUUGGAAUUUCCGCAGAUUUGCUUUAAAAUUUGGACCCUCCCAUGGAAAUUCCUUCAUUUUUGGUUCACUUUUGCAGGGGGCCAUUGGAAAUUCCACAUGUCCUCAAUAGGGGGGUGCAGAUAAAAAAUGCAAUGGCCCAUCAGGCGCUUAUGGCAUGAGGGUCCACAUAUUAAAUAGAAGCUGAAUAGAAACUGAAAUAUCAAAUCAAAUCAAACUUGCCAUUGUGCAGUUAUAAAACAAAACCAACCUUGCCAUAUUUGUGCAGGUAUAUUGUAAAGAGCAAACCCAGUUUGGGGAUUCAUAUGCUACAAACUGACCUGUCAACUUGCAGGUGAACGAUUUACAAACCGCAACACAAAACAACAUUGACUGUUGAACUUGACUGAAAAAUAUGAGUGUAGCGAUUGAGAUCAAUCGUUCAAGAAUUGGUUCACACCAUAAAUUUACACAAGGAAUUUACAUUCUGGAGUCAAAUGUUGAUGAUGUUCUGUUUAAAAGUAUUUUACUUGCCAUGUUUUAAAAAUCUAGUGACUAAAACUGAAAAAUAUAAUGAAGUGUGCAUGUGGUAUGUGCAGAUGGUAUGUUAUCAUGUUCAUGUUAAAUCAUGUACCAUUGCUAUUAAGACUUUCAAAGAAAUAUUAAUGAAAUAGUUGACCGUACUUGUACAGUUCAUGCCGACUUUCACCAAGGUGAUCAAUUAACGUUUAGAUCUAAUGCUGGAAAACAAUGUGUUGCCAUGUUACUAUAUUCUAUUGUUUAUAACGAAAUUAAAUCAGUUAAUAUUUGGGACACAUCCACCAUAGGCGUCGAAAGAUAGCUAAGUGGGGGGGACCAUAUUCAUAUAUUUGUGUUCACAGACCUUAAAAACAAUCGAUUUCAAAAGAAAUUAAUAAUGCAGAACACGAAUAUAUGAAUAUGGUCCCCCUCACUUAUCGAUCUUUCCAUGCCUAUGACAACAACUAUGAACCAGAUUUUAGUUUAUGGCAACAAUUUAUAUAUUGUACAUGCAAGCGAGGUUCACCUCGCAUUCACAUGCUAAUAAGGCUUGCGAGUAGUGAAACAUACUGUAGCGUAUAUAUUGUUUUGGCCUUUGGGAACUAACUGCAGAACUAAUGCAGAACUAAUUACAUUUGACUAAAAGGAAACAAUAUAUGUAUAGGUUAUUUUGAGGCAACGAGGGGAUAUGUGAUUUAUUCACCGAGGCACGCAGCGCCGAGGUGAAUAAACACAUAUCCCCGAGGUGCCUAGAUAACAUACUUAUUUUUCACAUUGCGAGGUCGCGUUAAUGAGUCAGAAUAGAAAUAAUUCUUAAUGCCAUAUAAUGCCUUCGCGAUGUUGUUUUUUCUCAUUUUUUGUGCUGCAAAGACAUUGCAGGUGAAUAUUAGAGGGGAUUAUUUAACAGAAAUUGAUUAGAGGAGAAUAUUGAAUAUAUUCCCCGCUAAGAACAAAGGAAACCGAGCAGGGUGAAAAAUAAGGUAUGUUACAAUAUGGCUGAAGUGGAGAACAGGCCAUGGAAUAUAAUAUAUUUCCAGUAUGUAUAGUAAUAUUACUUUUUUAAAUAUUGUAGAUGGAACAAAAACUCAAAAUAAUAAUCGGUAAAGCUAACCAUCUCUACCACCAUUUAAUUUCACCUGGCAAAUCAUGCUAGACUGUUUACUGUAUACUCUACAUCACUGUGAAGAUGUUACUGGUUGAAAGAAUAUUUUACCUGUUUCAUUUGUAAAUAAGGAAAAGUAGAACCUUUAAAUUUAUACAACUGGAUGAUAUGCUGUAUGAGAAUUUCUAAUGGUUGGUCAACUUAUAAUGUAUCAAGUGGUGUCUACUAUUGGAUAAUGCUGAAAAGUAAAUAUUAGAGACUAAAACUGUAUGAAUAAAUAAGAUUUCUAUCUGUCAGUGACCAAUUAAAUAUUCCAGAUCAGGAGCAAAAGCUGUAUGGAAUCAGAAGGAAUCUUAUGCACCUUUAAUGGUGUGCAUACAGUAUAUCAGGACGCUUUUCAAUUAAUAACAGAAGAUGUAUUCAUCACAAUUUUGGACACAUGAGCUAACACCUGCUAUCCUGACAUGAAUGGUGAAUGUACUGUAUCCCCAGUGGAAAGAAUAAAUGCCUUAAAGUUUAUUACUCAUGUUACAUGUAAUACGUUCUUAAUAUUGAAAUAUCGAACUUUUGAGGGUAAUACCAAUGCUAAGACUAUUUAAGCUACUAUGUUUUAAGAUUAGUAUAAUAUUUUUAUUAUCAAGAUAAAUUGUCUAGUCGA